UUAUUUAUUUUUUUUUCAGCUAUGUCUUCUCAUUUUACCCAAGACGUUUUGCCAGAGCAGGGCAUACAAGAUGCAUUCCCAAAAACAAUACUGAGAGGAUAUGGAAAUUGUGGCCUUGAUAAUUCACAUUUAAGGAAAGACUGGAGAAGUUUAGAUGAGUAUAAGUUGCAAAAAGAUUAUAAUGGACUUAACCAAUGUUCAUCAACCACCCAUAGCAAAAUCUUUCAAUGUAAUAAAUAUGUUAAAAUCUUUGAUAACUUUUCAAAUGUACAUAGACAUAAUAUAAGUAAUACUGGAGAGAAACGUUUCAAAUGUCAAGAAUGUGGCAAAUCCUUUCAAAUGUUCUCAUUCCUAACUGAACAUCAGAAAAUUCAUACUGGAAAAAAAUUCCAAAAAUGUGGAGAAUGUGGCAAAACCUUUAUCCAGUGCUCACACUUUACUGAACAUGAGAACAUUGACACUGGAGAGAAACCUUACAAGUGUCAAGAAUGUGACAACGUCAUUAAAACUUGCUCAGUCCUUACUAAAAAUAGAAUUUACACCGGAGGGGAACAUUACAGAUGUGAAGAAUUUGGCAAAGUAUUUAACCAGUGCUCCCACCUUACUGAACAUGAGCAUGGUGCUGAGGAAAAACCCUGCAAAUAUGAAGAGUGCAGCAGUGUCUUUAUCUCUUGCUCAAGCCUUUCUAAUCAACAGAUGAUUCUUGCUGGAGAGAAACUCUCCAAAUGUGAAACAUGGUACAAAGGUUUUAACCAUGGCCCAAAUCCUUCCAAACACCAGAGAAGUGAGAUUGGAGGGAAACCUUUCAAAUGUGAGGAAUGUGACAGCAUCUUCAAAUGGUUCUCAGACCUUACUAAGCAUAAGAGAAUUCACACUGGUGAGAAACUAUACAAAUGUGACGAAUGUGGGAAAACCUAUACACAGUCCUCACACCUCAGUGAACACAGGAGGAUUCACACCGGAGAGAAACCCUACCAAUGUGAAGAAUGUGGGAAAGUCUUCAGAACUUGCUCAAGCCUUUCUAACCAUAAGAGAACUCAUUCUGAAGAAAAACCCUACACGUGUGAAGAAUGUGGCAACAUCUUUAAGCAGUUAUCAGACCUCACUAAGCAUAAGAAAACCCAUACUGGAGAGAAACCCUACAAAUGCGACGAAUGUGGAAAAAACUUUACCCAGUCCUCCAACCUUAUUGUACACAAGAGAAUUCAUACUGGAGAGAAACCCUACAAAUGUGAAGAAUGUGGCAGAGUCUUUAUGUGGUUCUCAGACAUUACCAAGCAUAAGAAAACCCAUACUGGAGAGAAACCGUACAAAUGUGAAGAAUGUGGAAAGAACUUUACCCAGUCCUCAAACCUUAUUGUACAUAAGAGAAUUCAUACUGGAGAGAAACCCUACAAGUGUGAAAAGUGUGGCAAAGCCUUCACCCAGUUCUCACACCUGACUGUACACGAAAGCAUUCAUACUUGAGAAAAAAAUUAACAAAUAUAAAAAUAGG